AUCUCUCUACUCGAUUGGCAGAUUAGUUGGGCAAAAAUGUCUCCAAUGCCCAAGCUUUUCAUCUUCCUACUCGUCAUCGUGUCUUCAUACUUGGCCAGUAUGACCGAAGCUGGCCGAGCAGUCCCCAAACACAAGCCGGCAAGCCUCGCAGCUCGGCUGAAGGUGGCGGAGAACGGGUCGGACUCGUCGAACUGCUGGGAGUCGAUGUUCCAGCUACAAGCCUGCACCGGCGAGGUGAUCAUGUUCUUCCUCAACGGAGAGACUUACUUGGGCCCUAGCUGUUGCCAAGCCAUCAGGACCAUCGAGCAUGACUGUUGGCCCAACUUGUUGGCUUCGCUAGGCUACACGACCGAAGAGGGCGACAUCCUUGAAGGCUACUGCGAUGCUGCCACCACCCUGCGCCCGCCGUUGGUGGUGGCGCCUAACAAGGAUGUUCCAAACAGCGGAGGGUGAUGGUCAUUUGGUUUUGGGACAAGCUAUUUGGGUCAUUUAGGAGUUGGGUCUCGUAAAUAAUGUGGGGUGUUGGGCUUUGUGGGUCUGUUUUCAAGAAGUUUGAGUUUGUUGGGUCGGAAGCAAAUCAAAAAGUGUCCCACAAUGUCUGCUUGUUUUCUUGUGGGUCGAGGUUUGUUUUGCUUACGUAGACUAAAAGGUCAAGGUCAGAGUCAAUGAGGAAGGUAGUCCCGCAUGUUUAUAGAAGGGAAUAAGAAAUGUUUUAGCGAUAUACAGAUCGAUGUUAACCCCUUUGUUGUUUCAA